UAAUGAGCCUUAAACGCUAGUUGCCACCCUACAUUAGACAGAAGAAGAAGACGUCAUUGAACAACCAAUCAUGUUGCAGGAUAAGAGGUAGGCGGGGCACAGAAGAAAACUUACACAUCUUACUAACUUGGCACCAUCAGAAAUGAGGAUUCAAGAAGCUUAUCAGAAAACUAAAUACAGAUACAAGCUAACAAACUGUCUGGAGUGAUAUUCAUUGUGAUAAUUAUCCACAUGGACUGAUAUGAAAUAUUUGAUCAUGAUAACAUCAUUUUCAAUAUCGCCCAGCUCUAGUGUGAAUGCCGACGUGUCAGGAUGCUUCAAAGGGCCUUAAAGGAAAAACGUCCUGCAGUUAAAACACUCUCUUCCUCUUCUCUUGUCUAACAUGAUCGUGUCUUGCUAGUCUCUAAAUGUAACACCCUGUGCAUGCAUGCAGUUUUGGAACUUUCAUUUUUAGCUAAGCUUUGCAAAACAAAUGUUGCACUAGUCUGACAACAGAGGAACAAAUUAACCGUGCGCAGGGCGUUCUUGUCGAGGCUGAGAAGAGAUCGCACACAGACAGAAAUGAAAACAGCGAUGUGUCUCAGCUCCUAAUUUGUGAUCUGAUCAUUGGAGAACACUUUUAUAACCGAGUGUAAACAGAGUCAGAGUAUGAAGAUCUGUCAUUGUAGCAUAUAUCGAUGGUUCUGUUCAGUCUGAAACACAAUCAGAUAUUUUCAGUCUUGGUUCGAUUUGUUAAAUCCGGACUGACAAAGAUUAAAAACACAACUUAAAAACAUUAAAACACAUUUCUGCAGAUAAGAUUCGGACCAGACUCAAAGUGUUUGAAAGCUGUGAAACAUUUUUAAAGAGUGUGAUCAAACUUCGACCACUUCUUCAAAACAGAUUCGCUCCAGCGCCGUUCAUCAAAAGAGGUUUCUCCAGAGACAAAGAAAUGGAAGAAAUUAGAGACGUGUGAAAAUACCAGAGUACCAAUCAAAGACAAAAGCUCCCAAACUUCUAUGAAUGUGCAACAUUUGACAGACAAAAUAAAUAAAAGUCAGGAGCAGUUAAAGUCACAGAGUAUGAAUGCUUUCAAAGGAACAGCCUGGAGGAGUCUUGGUGUUGUUUACUGUCUGCAGAGCAGGAACGUGACUUCAGAGGGUUCUGGUGGAACAAUUGGAUAUUUUGGGAAAGGUUAUUUGACGUGACAACGCGAGGCACGGCAUCUGACAUCUCAAAACCAAAACAAGUGGUGUGGUGGAGCUGUUGAUGUAAUUUAGCCUCAGACAAAGUAAACGUCUGUGGAUGACCUUCAGCUGCAGGAGAACCGUCGACACUCGGCCUCUUCAGGACGGAGGAGAAGAAAUUAAAAGAAUCCUCAGACUCGGAGGCGAGCCCCGGGUCGGACGGAGAGGGUCUGGCCGAGAGGACAUCGUGCUCCUUCGGCUCACCUGACGAGCUGGCCCCGGGACCCUGCGAGCCGUCGCCCCCGGCCUCCAUGGAGGAGAUCCAGGUGGAGCUGCAGUGCGCAGACCUGUGGAAGCGUUUCCAUGACAUCGGGACGGAGAUGAUCAUCACCAAGGCGGGCAGGAGGAUGUUUCCAGCCAUGAGAGUGAAGAUCGCAGGUCUGGACCCUCAUCAGCAGUAUUACAUCGCCAUGGACAUCGUGCCUGUGGACAACAAGAGAUACAGAUAUGUGUAUCACAGCUCCAAGUGGAUGGUGGCAGGAAACGCCGACUCCCCGGUGCCUCCACGGGCCUACAUCCACCCGGACUCUCUGGCCUCAGGAGACACCUGGAUGAGACAGGUGGUCAGUUUCGACAAGCUGAAACUCACCAACAACGAGCUGGACGACCAGGGACACAUCAUCCUCCACUCCAUGCACAAGUAUCAGCCCCGUGUUCACGUCAUCAGGAAGGACUUCAGCAGCGAACUGUCUCCAAACAAGGCGGUGCCAAGCGGGGAGGGAGUCAAGACCUUCAGCUUCCCUGAGACCGUCUUCACCACCGUCACCGCCUACCAGAACCAGCAGAUUACGCGACUAAAGAUCGACCGCAACCCGUUCGCCAAAGGAUUCAGGGACUCUGGCAGAAACAGGACUGGGCUGGAGGCCAUCAUGGAGACCUACGCCUUCUGGAGACCUCCGGUGAGGACUCUGACGUUUGAAGACUUCACCAACAUGCAGAAACAGCAAGGUGGAAGCACUGGCACAUCUCCCACCACCUCCAGCACGGGGACUCCAUCUCCUUCAGGUGCAGCUCACCUCCUGUCCCCCUCCUGCUCCCCUCCCACUUUCCACCUGGCCCCUAACACCUUCAAUGUGGGCUGCAGGGAGAGUCAGCUGUGUAACCUCGGCCUGUCCGAGUACCCGGCCUGCGCUCGCAGCAACAUGGCCGCCCUGCAGGGUUACGGCGGCCUGGCCGACAGCUCCUACGGACGCCUCCAGGCCGCAGGGGGCGGUGUUGGUUCUGCUCAGCCCUCUGAAUCCUUCCUGCCGCAGAGGACUUCCUCUUUGAUUGCUGCCGGCAUGCAGGGCAGCGCUCACGCCUCCCUGACUGGCGGCGGGGGUGGCGGCGGUGGUGGAGGAAAGAUGGACGGCUACGGCGGUCAGCUUGGCUCCUUCCCGGCGUCUCAGCUUCAGUAUGUGAUGCAGGCCGGAGGAGGCUCUGCCUCUGCCUCCUCCUCCUCAUCAGGGUCUUCCCCUUCCUCCGCCCACAUGUUCAGUGGGAGCCACCACCACGUGCAGCAGGGCUCCUACAACGCUUUCUCCCUGCACAACCCUUACAACCUGUACGGAUACAACUUCCCCACCUCCCCCCGCCUGGCCGCCAGCCCCGAGAAACCGCAGGGAGGUCUGCUCUGCUCCUCGUCGCCUGCAGGGGCCUUCGCUGAGCGCCAGUACCUGUCCAACGGAGGCAUGGACUCUAUGCACAUGAUCGGCAACUCCUCUGGAGGCCAGCAAGGCGGCGGCUCCUGUGAUGGACGUCAGUACAGCUCCUCCUCUCAGAUGUCCAUGCACAUGGUGUAGAAACAGACGUCUAACCUCACAGUCCUCUCAAGUCUUUCAGCUGAAAAGCAAACCUAUGAAGCAGGUUUAGUGUUCAUGAUCAAACCUUUUAAAGAAGGAAGUCCUCUCAUGUUUUUGUUUUUGAGAGACACUCCACCACUUACGAAGCCUUAAACAAAACAGGGAGUUCAACUAAUAUUUAAUGAUCUUUGUAUGAAUAAACCAAGAUGUCGUUUCAGUAACUUCGCAGGAGAGAAACAACAAACUCGGACUGUAACUGUAAGUUAGAGGAAGUGUUUGCAGUUUGGAAUAUGGUGCAAUAGUACAAACACCCAUUUCAAGAGACUCAUUCUUGUUGUUUUGGACUCAAACUGGUCCGGAUGAAACCAAAGAAUCUUCACUGUGAUCCAGGAGCUUUGACUCCACACAGCACUUGUGCCUUAUCCUUUCAGAAGUAUCACAGGGUCUGUAGUUUGCCUUUAGAGUCUGAAGUUGUAGCUGGAAAGGAAGGAACAACCUGACUCGAUCACGGCUCCACAAACAUGCAGGUGAAGAAUAUUUUGGACACUUCAGCUCCAGCUGAUCUGAACACAGGGUUUAAUAAACAUGGACACAGAAGUUUGGGUUCCCCGAGGAACGUGACUUCAGAACAACCUCAUCCUCACAGACCGGUACGACUUCUGGACUUUUGGAGUGGAUUAUGUUUUUAGGUAUAUAUAUAAAGAUGGCGAAUGCAAUCAAUAACAUAAGCUUUAAAGUUGUUGUGUGAAAAGUUAUAAAAGAAGCAAUAGCAAAGCAGAGUAAUUAAAGUAUGUUUUGGUGUGUUGUAGAGAUGUGUAUUUAAGUGCUGAGCAGUCUAACAUGUUACAGGCCCCUCUGUUAUUAAAUGUGUGAAAAAAGGGAAAUAGCAACAUUUUUGAGGCAUUUUGAAAAAAUGUAAAUACAGGUGCCAAGCACGUAAAAGCUCAAUAAACGUUUUAAUUCAUGUA